AUGAAUCCAAUCAUCCCAGGCUUCGCGCCGGACCCUUCCAUUGUCCUCGUCGACGACACAUAUUACCUUGUGAAUUCCAGCUUUCACAUAUUUCCAGGUCUUCCUAUAUAUGCAUCGAGAGAUCUGGUCUCAUGGCGACACAUAACCAAUGCAUUCAAUCGUCGCGAGCAGCUUAGCCUCAAAGCCUCCGACACCAACCAUAGCCCACCAGGCGAAUGGGGAGAGGUCAUGUCAGCGACAGGCGGCCUAUAUGCCCCCACGAUACGCUAUCACGACGGGACAUUUUAUGUCAUUUGUACCAACAUAAUCCGGGCCAAGGGCGAGAACGAAGGCGAGAGCAAACAGAACUUCAUCAUAACGACGACGGACAUUUACUCCCAUCAAUGGAGUGACCCUGUCUUCUUCGAGUUCGACGGAAUCGACACUAGUCUCGUUUGGGAUGACGAAGGAAGGGCAUAUCUGCAUGGCUCGGCAGCCCCUGGCCCAAUGACCACGAUCAAGAUGUUUGAGAUCGAUGUCAAGACUGGUGCCAAACUCAGCAACGAGGAGCUACUAUGGAGUGGCACUGGUGGCAUCUGGCCAGAAGGGCCUCACAUCUAUCGCAAAGACGGGUGGUGGUACUUGGUUAUUUCCGAAGGCGGCACUUUUGAAGACCAUAUGAUCACCGUUGCCCGAAGCAAACGUCUCUUCGGCCCAUACGAACCAAAUCCCCACAAUCCCAUCUUGACCGCAUGUGGGACGGACGAAUACAUCCAACACACCGGGCACUGUGAUAUGUUCUGCGAUAAGGAAGACCAAUGGUGGUGCGUCUGUCUCGGAGUACGAAAGGACCCAAAAAAGAGGUAUAUCAUGGGACGCGAAACGUAUAUUACUCCAGGUACAUGGCCCGAAGGUGACUGGCCAGCUUUGAAACCUGUGAAGAUGGAUACUGAUGCGGCAUAUGGACGCAAAGUGGGCAAGCCAAGUGCUCUGAGCGCUGAGCCCCUUGUGGACUUUUGCUAUAUCCGCGACGUGGAUCUCACCAAACACAAGAUAUCCCCCGAUAGGAAGACUAUCGAGCUUGCAUCCAGCAAGGCCGAUCUCUCGGACGCGCGAGCCCAAGUAUCAUUUGUUGGCAAACGACAGAGGAUGCUUGAGGGUCAGACUUCUGUAGUCGUCCUAAGCCCGCCUCACGAAGCUGUCGGCAAAGCUGGCCUUGCCGUAUACAAGGACGAGUUCCGCUAUGCUCGCAUCUACCACGAGCUACAGACAAGGGAGAUGGUCCUUGAAGUCGUGAACGAGCCAAAGGAAAUUCUUCGUCUGACUCGAAAGGGGUGUCCCGCAGGUGAGGAGAUCAAGCUGCAACUGGAGUACGCAGAGGAUUCGUACACAUUCUCAUUUACCACAGCCGGGGCGACUUACAACUUUGAUUCCUUUGACACGAUGGACUUGGUAGGCCCCGAUUUCACCGGACCAAUUAUUGGAGUUUUCUUCACUUCUUUGCAAGAUGGUUCUAGCAUCAUCUUUCGCGAUUUGAGGGUGGAGUGA